ACCAUUGAUUAGAGUAAGUGAGAGAGGGCGUGCUAAUUAAAAAUCGAGGCGGAAACUUGGUUGUAACAUUAAGAGCGGUGACGCGCUGAACCCAGAGGAGACAACCCUGGGAGUUUGACUUGAGUUGUUCUGUUGUCGGAGACGCCGUUGUUGUGUAGGACUUUCAGAGUAUCUCCGUGGACGGUGAGGUUCUCCGUUUCAGCCAGAUGUCUCGCUUAUGGCAGUGGAUGUUGUUGUGGUCCUGCUACAUUGGAGCUUCCUCUGAGGAAACAGACAGAACCACCUCGGCGCUAAAUCAAAACGAGUUAUUGAGAUUGUUGGGGAACAACAUAUUUAUUCUGCAGAGUGAACAUCUCAAUAGGUGCAUAACCAUGAAGAGCCAAGAGCUUAUCCUUGACGACUGCAGUCAGCCAUCAAGUAACAUGCUUUGGAAAUGGGUCUCAAGGCAUCGUCUUUUCCAUCUAAGCAGCAGUAUGUGCCUUGGUCUGAAUGUUAGUACCAAACAACAGCCAUUAAAGCUAUUUAAUUGUGAGUCAACAAUGGCAAUAUUGUGGUGGCAUUGCAGUGGUAAAGUAUUAACUAGUGCCUCUCAAUAUAAAUUGGCGGUUGGACAAGGACAACAUAUUGUAGCAGAAAGGACAGUGUAUGACCGAUGGAAGAGAUAUAUGACGCAGGAUGAAGGUCCAUGUGAACAUCCAUAUGAAGAAGUUCAUACUGUACUUGGAAACUCACGUGGGAUGCCGUGUGCUCUUCCAUUUAAAUAUAAUAAUAAGUGGUACCAUGAAUGUACUAAUGAAGGGAGAGAAGAUAAACUCUUUUGGUGUGCAACCACCAGCAAUUACGAUGUUGAUGAAACAUGGGGAUUUUGUCCAAAUUUGGAUCCCGGGUGUGAUCUGCUUUGGGAAAAAGAUCCUUUUUCACCAACAUGCUACCAGUAUAAUCUUCUGGCUCUUCAUUCUUGGAAUGAGGCCCAUGCUUCAUGUCAGGCACAAGGAGGAGACUUGCUGUCUAUCAGAGAUCCUAAGGAGCAGGAGUACAUCGUCAAACGUUUACAAAAUGUUGGAAUUCUGGCAUGGAUCGGCCUUAAUCAUUUGGAUGAAGUUGCUGGGUGGCAGUGGUCAGAUGGAGAACCUUUGAGCUUUGUGAAUUGGGACACAGAUCAGCCUCAGGGCUCAUUACUGGGAACAUUCCAUUGUGGGUCACUAAGUUCUAAGUUUGAUUACCGUUGGAGUAGUGCUGUGUGUGAGACAGCUCUGCCUUACAUUUGUGAAAAAGUGAUCAACUCUACAAAAAAAGUGGAACCCUUUGAAUUCUGGCAGUAUAGGACCACAUACUGCGAAUCUGGCUGGCUUUCCUACAAUGGAUUUUGCUACAAAAUGCAUAAAGAAGAUUUGAGCUGGAAAGAUGCCCUGAUGUCAUGCCGCCUAAAUGGAAGUGAACUUAUUAGUAUUCACUCAUUAGCAGAUGUGGCUGUUCUGAUCAACCAGUUUAAAAAUGAAACUGUACCAGAGGUUUGGAUUGGACUUGCCAACAACAGGACACCAGCUCAAUUUACAUGGUCAGAAGGAUCAACUGUGACGUUCACUUACUGGCAUAAGAAUGAGCCAAAUGCUCCGUAUAACACCACAGAACACUGUGUGUCUUCACAGAAGAUUGAUGGCCGAUGGAAAGUUAGAGAAUGUGAGGAAAAUAAAUGGAGCAUCUGUAAGAAGCCAGGAAAGGCGGAACAAAGACAACCUGGAAAAGAUGAAGGCUGCCCUGAGAGCUGGAAAAGAUAUGAAGAAUCCUGCUAUAGGAUUGACAAUGACCUACAAACCUAUGAAGAAAUUUCGAAAAAAAAUUAUUGUCCACUUGUUACCAUUGAAAACAGGUUUGAACAAGCAUUCAUUAAUAGUCUGAUCAGUAAUUUUGCCAGAGAAGGCCACAAAAACUUCUGGAUAGGUCUUCAGGAUAGAAAUCAGACUGAAAAAUAUACCUGGUUACUGGCAAAUGAUAAGAAUGCACCAGUUUCCUUCACAAAUUGGAAUAAAAAUCAACCAGCUCAUUCAGGUGGUUGUGUUGCACUGGUCAGAGUUAAAUCUCAUAUCCUUUGGGAAGUUAAAGACUGUAAAACCUUCAAAGCAAUGUCUUUGUGUGAACAAAAAGUUGCAUCUGCUCCACGAUCAAAAUCCUUCCCUGAUCAAGCCAUGAAGGCUAAAGCUAAAUGUCAUUUUGGAUGGGAGUCCAGCCCAGAUCUUCUGAAUUGCUUCAAGGUAUUUCAUCAUGAGAAAGUGUUAAAGAAGAGAACUUGGGAAGAAGCGGAACAAUUUUGUCAAGCAUUUGGAGCUCAUCUUGCAAGUUUCAGCCACUACAGCGAGGAAGUCUUUUUGAAUGAAAUUUUGGGAUGGAUGUUUGCCAGGGAAGAAGAAAGAUGGUUUUGGAUUGGAUUUAACAAAAGGAAUCCAUCUUCUGUCGGCUCCUGGGCUUGGAGUGAUGGCACUGGGGUUGUUUCUUUGUUUUCACUUGAUAGAGACAAAGAUGAUGAUGUCAGAAUUUGUGCUGCAUACAAAUUUGAUAAAACCAUUGCACCUUUUCGUUGUGAUGAAAAGCUGGGAUGGGUUUGUAAAAUGCCAAAAGGAGCUGAACUGAAAAAACCAGACUGGUACAUUGAUGAAGAGCAAUUUGCAUUUGCACCUUGGAUCUUCUUUCAAGGAGCUGAAUAUUUGUUUUUUGAGACGGAGGGGAAGUGGCUUGCAGCUGCUGUGGCUUGUAGUUUGAUGGGUAGCGACUUGGCAUCUAUAAAUACAGCCAAAGAACAGGACUUCAUUAAAAACAGAAUUGAAAAGUUUUUAGCAAAUGGGCAUGAAAAGUGGUGGAUUGGAUUAUAUGCAGAAAAUUCCAAAGCUGGAUUUCGCUGGAUAGAUGAUUCAACAAUGUAUUACAACAACUGGGAUUUCAACUAUCCAAGCCGUUUACCUAAGCAUAGUGGCAGAUGUGUUUACAUGUCAUCAAAAACAGGACGCUGGGGUGAUAGCAAGUGUUUUCUAUCUCUUCCUUUCAUCUGUGAACGACACAAUAUAUCACUGAUAGAGGUUCACAAAGUUGAGAGUUACCUUCCAGAUCUUUCGUGUCCAAAAGGGUGGCUGUAUUUUGAAAAUAAGUGUUUCCUGCUGUAUGCCCCAAAGGAUAAGAGUCAGCUAAAACACUGGUAUUCUGCUCAAAUGUUCUGCAGUAUACGUGGAGGAACCCUGGCUACAAUAGAAAAUGAAAUAGAACAAGCAUUUUUAACAAUUCAGCUCCUGGAUAGGACAACUAGUGUUUGGAUAGGACUACACAGUGAUAAUUUUGAACGUUGGGUGAAUGGGAAGCCUGUGAAGUAUUCGAACUGGUUACCAAAUGAGCCAGCACGGGACACUGCAGAUCCAUAUAAAAAUGAUCCUACUUCAGAACAUCUUAAUAGCCCUAUCUUACAAGAGGAAUCAAAAAGGUGUGCUUUAUUGUCCAAUAGUCAUGCUUAUCAUUCCACAGGAAGGUGGUACACAAGAACUUGCAAUACGAACUAUUAUGGUUUUGUUUGUCAAAAGUAUCCAGAUAAACCUGUCCAUCAUAUCAAUGCAUCAUCUGUCUAUCCAAUACUUGAUACUUUUGCAUAUGGAAACUACACAUACAAACUGAUUAAGAAGAACGUAACAUGGUAUGAAGCAUUAACUGAAUGCCGACAAAGAGGUACUGAACUGGUCAGCAUCACUGAUCAAUACCACCAAGCGUUUCUCACAGUCGUUGUGAAUAGGCUGUCACACCCGCAUUGGAUAGGACUGUCUAGCCCAGAUGAUGGAAAAAGCUUUAUUUGGUCAGAUGGUAGUGGCAAUAUAUUCAGUCAUUGGGCAGAGGAGGAUGUUCACUCAUCUCAUGAUUGUGGGUACAUGGAUACAAAUGGCUACUGGAAGACCACUAACUGUGAAACUCAACUGCCAGGAGCUUUCUGCCAAGUUUUACAAACUGCAACCUCAAGUUCCCCAGCUUACAAAGUGAAGUGCCCAAAUGCAACGAAAGAAUUACCUUGGAUUCCAUUCCGAGGCAAUUGUUAUCUCUUUGACUUGGCUUUAUACAAUUCUUCAAGCUUAACAAUGGAAAAAGCUAAAGAGGUUUGCGGAAACUUGGCUACAAAGUCUUUUAUUUUACAUAUUAAAGAUGAAGAGGAAAACAACUUUGUUUUUGAACAAGUCAGAACAUAUAGCCACAUUGUAGAUGAGAUUUGGUUGGGGAUCACAUUUGACAUAAUUGAUAAUACCCUCAAAUGGUUUGAUGGAACCUCAGUAACUUACUCAAAUUGGGGCUCAGAAGAGUCUGAAGCAAAUAAUUUUACUGUUGGUUCAUGUGCGGCAAUGAAAUCCUCAGAUGGUUCAUGGUUUAUGACUGAUUGUGGUGAGGGUCUUGGAGCUGUUUGCCAAACAGAUUUGAGUGGACGUACCUACAUCCCAAAGCUACAAGGAUACCAAAUUGGAAAUGGAACAAUACUUAACAUUGUAAUAGCAUUGGUGGUAACCGUGGUUAUUGUUUUGGGUGCUGUUGGGUUCUGGUAUCUUUGGAAGAAGAAUCAACCUCCUUUCAGAUUUUCAGGGAAUGCAUAUUACAGACAAACUACCCCUGAAGGUACUGAUUGUGAUGGAAAUGUUCUUAUUGCUGCAUUUGAAAGGAAUAGUGAAGCUAACUAAGUGAAUCCAUACACCUACAGUACAAGAAAGACAUUUUGGCUUAAGAUUUUAAAUGAUGGAUUUAAAUGUUGACCUGCGAUUCAACAAUUAAUACUCAUUUAAACAUAGGUUUAAUCAUUGUCAUACAAUGUGGACACUAUUUUCUGCACAUUGUGCAUUCUCUAUAAGGAUUUUGCACUUAUCCAUUUUUCUAGAUUAAGUAGCAGGCUUUGAUUGAAGAGCUUGUUCUAUUUACAUAAAGUGCACACACAUUUCAUUUUAUUAUGUAUUGGAAACAGAAUUGUAUCCUAGUGUUCUAAAUUUAAUAAUUUGACCAGUGCACAUAUCCAUUCAGUUGAUAUUGUGUGUUUAUGCAGUUUGCUGAAGUUGAAGAAAAGGCAGAGACAUUAUACAAUCUCAUGGGAGGCUGUGUUUCAGAGAACUCUAGGCCAAAUUAUGCAGGAUAUGUUUGCCUAUCACUGGUUUACUGUAAUGUCUGGUUCAAGGGUUGUGUUGUGUUUUACUGGUUUAAGUAAAUUAACCCACAGGGUCAAUUAAUCCUGAAACAGAUAGGAGGGUCUUGUCUUGCCCUUUGUGGGAACAGCAAUUCCCUCCAUUCCCAUCCCCUUUAAGGGAAACCAGCAGUGAGCUAUCCCUGAACCAUGGGGCCACCCUUUGUCUGCCCUGCUGACAUUUCAUUGGUGACAGCAACUUAUUCCUCUGCACUGGAACGAAUGCUGCAGAUACAGGAGAUAAAAGCUUUGGGCCAGGGUGAUGAGCAGUCUGGGUCUUGAAACCGAGAAUCUGUGUCUUUCAGGUUAACAUUGUUGGUCUGUGGCAGAAAGAGGUGUGCAACAAUGCAUAAACUUUUAAGCUAAUACAGGCAAUCUCCUAUCUUCUGAAGUUAAGAUAGCUGCGUUCCUGUGCACAGAUCCCAUGCUGUUUCUUGUGAAUUGGCUUGCUGUCCUAUGAACCUAUUUGGCAGGCUGUUUACCCCCAAACACCAAAUGCAUGCAUUUCUGAAUCUGAAACCAUGACAUACACUGUUGGUGCAAAGCUCUGCUCAUGGUGUGCACCAACUUUUGCAUCUUUGACUUGAAUUGUCAUUCUGCUUUGCACCAUUGCAACAUAGGAACAUGAUUUGGUCUUUCUGGCCUUUAAUAUCAUCAACUCAAUUCUCCUCAUUUUGUUGAAUGAAUAAAGGCAUCAUUUCUAACUUUUUGUUGAAUGGAUAGGAAAGAAAUGUGCAGGAUAACCUCUGGGUUGUGUCACAGGAGAUCAUUUUGAGGACUGGAUCUUGUUUAUAUAUACCCUCUCUCUUUUUGGCCAAUACCUUCUACUGAGUGACCAUCCGUAGCCAGCAGAACAUUAAAAAUGGCAUUGGUGUUCCUCUUAUAUAAAGGGAUAAAAAUUUAAAUGUUGACAUGAGAUUCAAUCCCAUGCUAAUACAGUAGCAGAAAAACAGACAUCAAGCACAAAUCAACUACUUUGAUUACAUAAGAACGAGAAUGCGGUAUUUACUGUAUCCGCUGCUCCCGAAGCGGUCUCCUCUACAUUGGGGAGACAGGACGCCUACUAGUAGAAC